GCCCCGCCCCCCGUUUCAGGACCGUUGGCCCCCGGCUAACGGUUCCAUCGCGUCCGCCGCCCUGGACGCCAGCGACCUGUGCCGGGCAGCCGGCCCCGCGGUGCCUGGACUGCGCCGGCUCCCAGGAGCUCCAGAGCUGGCCCUGAGCCAGGCCCUGUCCCACCAGGCCCUGGGGACACGGGUGACUCAGACGUGACUCGAAGGCUCAGGUCCUGCUGGCAUCCGUGGAGCCCCACCAGCAUGAGCAGCCUCAGCCAGAAGGAAGAACUCCAAGAUGAGGACAAGAACUCAGCAUUCACCUGGGAGGUCCAGGCCAACAACCGCGCCUACAACUCGCAGCUCAAAGAGAAGGUGUUCCUGUGCUGGCGGAGGAGGAAGCACAAGACCAACAUCAUCCGCACAGCCAAGUACAACUUCUUCUCGUUCCUGCCGCUGACGCUGUACGAGCAGUUCCACCGCUUGUCCAACCUGUACUUCCUCCUCAUCAUCAUCCUGCAGGGCAUUCCGGACCUCUCCACGCUGCCCUGGUUUUCACUCUUCGCUCCCAUGAUCUGCCUCCUCUUCAUCCGUGCCGCCCGGGACCUGGCGGAUGACAUUGGGAGACACAAGAGUGACAGAGCCAUCAACAACAGGCCCUGCCAGAUUCUGAUGGGCAAGAGCUUCACGUGGAAGAAAUGGAAGGACCUGUGCGUGGGGGAUGUGGUCUGUCUCCACAAGGACAGCAUCGUCCCGGCCGAUAUGCUCUUGCUGGCCAGCACGGAGCCCAGCAGCCUCUGCUAUGUGGAGACAGUGGACAUUGAUGGGGAGACCAACUUGAAGUUCAGACAGGCCCUGACGGUCACUCACCAGGAACUGACCACUGUGAGGAAUAUGGCGUCCUUUCAAGGCACAGUGACAUGUGAGGCGCCCAACAGCCGGCUGCACCGCUUCGUGGGGUGCCUGGAAUGGAAUGACAAAAAAUAUUCCCUGGAUAUCGGCAACCUCCUCCUCCGAGGCUGCAAGAUUCGCAACACAGACACCUGCUAUGGGCUGGUCAUUUAUGCUGGUUUUGACACAAAAAUCAUGAAGAACUGUGGCAAGAUUCAUUUGAAGAGAACCAAGCUAGAUCUCAUGAUGAACAAGCUGGUGGUCAUGGUGAGCUGCCAACAAGUGACCCUGCCCCAGGAACACAGAGGAGGGGCCAGGACAGGGAUGUCAUCUUCCAGGCCCCAGCUUCCUUCUUCUGCAAAAUGUGUGGCCUGAUCCUGUGGGCAGGUCUUUCAUUAAAAUAAUUUUUUGGC